CACAGAAAUGAGAAAAGAUUUGACAUUGAACAGUUCAGAAAACAGACCUAUGCAGCCGAUUGAAUCAUGAAAAACAAAAAGAAGAAGCUUUGCUACACAAUUUUAGGGUUGUACUUUUUCAUGGGUGGUGUCGAAUAUGCUGUUAUACUACCAACAUUAUGGCUGUACCUAGAGAACACAUUCCAUGCACAGCAAUAUUUCUUAGGAUUAAUUCUGUCUGCCUUCAGUCUAACUGCAAUGCUGUCAGGACCCAUGUUUGGCAGAUGGUCAGAUGUGACUCGAAAGCCAAAGUAUCCAAUGUUGAUUGGUGCUGUGUUUGAGAUUGCUGGUAAUACAAUGUACUUUAUGGGCAAUUCAAAAUGGUUUUUGCUAGCAAGUCGACUGAUAGCAGGUGUUGGAGCAGGAGCUGAGUCUGUGAUUUUAGCUGAGAUAUCUCGAGUGACCACUGAAGAAGAAAGAACAGGAAUAUUAUCCACAAUGAUUGCAAUUAGACAAAGUGGCCUCUUGAUAGGGCCUGGUCUUAAUGUUUUUCUUCGACUUGCCAACUUUGAUGUUGGUCCAUUUAAAGUGAACAAAUACACAGACCCUGGGGCUUUCAUGGCAUGUCUAUGGACAUUAGAAUUAUUAUUACUGGUACUGUUUUAUACUGAUUUACAUAAAAUAAAAGAACAAGAGCUUGAACAGGAAAGAAUGGAGAAUCCAGUCAUAUCUAGCGACACAUUAUCCAAUCAGAAUGAUCCAUUCAUAUCUAGUGACACAUUAUCCAAUCAGAAUGAUCCAUUCAUAUCUAGUGACACAUUAUCCAAUCAGAAUGAUCCAUUCAUAUCUAGUGACACAUUAUUUAAUCAGAAUCCUUCAACCUAUGACGCUGUGAUAACUGGUCCCAAUACUUACGAUAUCAGUGCAGAUAUUGAAGGGAUCCAGUCUAACACUGAUUAUGAGAAACAGAUAAGUGAAGUAAAGCAUGUAAAGACAGAGGAACCAGUCAUAAAAGAAAAACUCAGCGGGGCAUUCUUUUAUAAAAUGUAUGUCAGAGAAGAAAUUGUCACAUUACUUGGUGUACAGUUUAUAAGUUUAUUUAGUCAAGUGUCUUUAGAGACGAUGGCAACUCCACUAUCAAAUAAACUGUUACACUGGGGAGAACUGGAGAACAGCUUGAUGUAUUGCGGUGCUGGGGUAGAGAUUAUAUUGGUGUUUAUAUUAGUACGGAUACUAAGUAAACAUUUGAAAGAUAGAACAAUGAUAUUAAUGGGAUGUUUUUUACUGGCUAUGGCUAAUGGAUGGCUCAUGUACGUUGUCCCCAGGGCCUAUAAUGAUACCCCAGCAGAAAACAUAUGGAAGUUUGUGAUAGGGAUAGCUUUAGACAUGUUAGCACUACCAUUUUUAUUUACCUGCAGUAUGUCUUUAUAUACAAAGUUAUUACCAAAAGAAAUACAGGGAUUAAGUCAAGGCUUGAGAAGAACUACAGUUGGACUAAGUACAAUAAUUGCUCCACUAUGGGCAGGAUCCACGUUGAAAUGGCCAUAUCUAAUGUUUGGUGUGAUGUUGAGUCUCCUGGGUGUAUCUUUACUGAUGUUGUUACUGUCUUUUAGCCGACUAUUGCCUACUUCAAAAAUCCAAAGUGACAUAAACUACAAGUCAGCAGAAAAUAUACACACAGACAACAGUUCAGCAGCUAAUAACAGACUAGCAGGAAAUAGUUCAGCAGCUAAUAACAGACUGGCAGGAAACAGUUCAGCAGUUAAUACAACUUUUAAGCAAAAUCCUGAUAUAAAUGAAUCAACACCUUUACUGUCAUAAUAUUGUGAUAAGACUACACAACAUUUUAUUUAUAUGUUUGUAAUAAAUGUAUCAAUAAGGCA